ACAGGAGGACCUGGGCUUCCGGGAGACAAAGGCGCCAUGGGGAUCCGUGGACGACCGGGACUAAAGGGGCAACCUGGAGAGAAGGGAGCCCCUGGAGAAGCUGGCAUGUCCAUUAUUGGUCCCCGUGGCCCUCCAGGACAGCCGGGAACAAGAGGUUUUCCUGGGUUUCCGGGCCCAAUUGGUUUAGAUGGCAAACCAGGGCAACCUGGACAGAAGGGAGAGAUGGGAAGCCCUGGACCAAAAGGAGAAAAGGGUCAGUGCGGAGACUAUCCACACAGGCUGUUGCCUCUUCUCAAUUCAGUGCGGCUGGCUCCACCUCCAGUCAUAAAGAGACGCACCUUCCAGGGUGAACAAGGCCAGGCGGGCAUCCAAGGGCCCCCAGGACCACCUGGACCACCAGGCCUUCCGGGAACACCAGGACAACCUGGGCCAACUGGCUCAGCUGGGAAAGUAGGAGAACCAGGGAAGCCAGGCAGAGACGGAAAGGGCUUGCCAGGACCUCCUGGACCAAAGGGAGAACCUGGAAUUCAGGGCUACCAUGGAAGAAAGGGUGAGGCAGGUGAAACUGGCUUACCAGGACCCCCUGGCCUUCCUGGUCCUAUUGGUCCAAAGGGUGAAAAGGGAGAACGUAGUAUGAAGGGGGAGAGGGGCAUGCCAGGUCUACCAGGAAAGCAAGGAGUUCAGGGUGAAAUAGGGAUCCCAGGAGCAAAGGGAGAACACGGAGUUGCUGGAAAGACAGGGCCCCCAGGUUUGCCAGGGAAAAGGGGGCAGAGGGGAGAAAAAGGAGAUUCUAGCAAUGCACUUGGGGGAGGUAAAGGAGAACCUGGACCACCAGGGCUACCUGGACCUCCUGGACCAAAGGGAGAACCUGGAAUACCUGGGGAGCAAGGACCUUUUGGUCCAAGGCCUCUCUAA